AUGUUCACCGCUCUGACUGCACUUAUCAGCUGCUUGACCCUCAUUGUAGGGAGUCUUGCCGCGUUUCCAGACCCUUUAGCCCUCUCGGGCGACUCUUUCUUCGUACACGAUCCCAGUCUGGUCCAGCGUGUUAGUGAUGGGAAGUAUUUCGUGUUUACGACCCAUAAUAAGGGCGGUAUAAUCACUGCUACCAACUUAGCUGGGCCAUGGACUUCAGUGGGGUCUAUUCUCCCGAAUAACUCCACUAUCAAUUUAGCGGGUCGAGAUGACAUUUGGGCGCCCGACGUGUCGUUGCAUAACGGAGUGUACUACGCGUACUACUCUGUUUCGACGUUCGGCUCCCAGGAAUCCGCGAUUGGACUGGCGACGUCACCUAGCAUGGACCCAGGGACGUGGACAGACCUUGGACAAGUCUUCCGCUCGACAACGGGCGACGCAUACAAUGCCAUCGAUCCAAACUUGGUAAUUGAUGAGGGCGGCUCCCCCGUCUUGACCUUCGGUUCUUUCUGGAGCGAUAUAUUCCAAGUCGACCUGGGAAGCAACUUCCAGAGCACGACGAGCUCACCGGUUCAGGUAUCAUUCAACUCGACUUCACCUCAACCUGAGGAAGGAUCUUUCGUCUGGAAGCACGGAAGUUUCUACUAUCUCUUUUUCAGCAGCGGACUCUGCUGCGGAUUCAGCGCGUCUUCCCUCCCUCCGGCUGGAAACGAGUACAAGGUGUUCGUUGGACGAUCUUCCUCGGCGCACGGUCCCUUUCUAGAUGCAUCUGGUCGGGAUCUCCGCAAUACCGGGGGCACACUCGUCCUGGCAUCUCACGGCAACGUUUAUGCUCCCGGCGGGCAAUCUAUCUUCACCGACUCUAAGAGCGGAAAGGACAUCUUCGUCUAUCACUACAUCCCUGUCAACAGUCCUGUGCCGUACAGCGACACGUACGCCAGCUUGGGCUUGAAUGCAAUCAAUUGGAGUUCGGGAUGGCCUGUGCUGACGAGCAUCUGACACGUUUAACGUAGUAUUCCAGAACAUGUUGUGUGGUCUAACGUAUUCAAUGGGUGACGGAACAGCCCUCCUCGGGGACCAGUGAUAUUAUACCCUUUGAGUCUAUCCAAGCCCGUCCAUCUUUCCACUGUAACAGUCAGAUUCACAUACGGUUCGACGGCUACGCUGCCGAGAGUGGG